AUGUGUACAGCUCUCAUGGCAAUCCCGGAGGAUGGAGAUACAGAAGUGGUGUCGGAGAAAACGUUCAAAGUGUUCUCGUUGCUUAAUCUAGAUGCUCCAUAUCUACACGACAAGGCACAUGUCACUGAAGAGGAGGAGGUAACCGGUUGUUGUGGCCGACGGAAAGGUGCACUGAUAGCUACUAUGCAAGUCGAACAGAUUGGUGUGAUGCCUGGAAUGACGUCGAAAAUUAGUCUGACAGUUGAGAAUAAGACGAAGAAGCGGAAAAAAUGGAUGAGGAAAAAGGAAAACCACGAAUGCGUCCUACUGUCAUUAUGUCAACAACUGGAUUUCGUGGCUGUGAAUCGGAAUGAUCCAAUGAUGAUCGACCGGAAAUCCAUAACGAUAGCAGUGGAAAGUCAUGGCACAUGCAAAACAAAAGCUGGUGCUGGUCCCCAAACGAAAGAGAUUGAGUUCAGUGUGCCUCCCAACCUCCCACCCACUUCAAUCCACGCGAAUCGUCUGGUUACAGUAUCCUACUUUUUCAAAUUAGACCUUGAACAUUUUGAUUUGGUGCUUCCUGUGAUUGUGGGUAGUUCGAAAAGCGUUCCAGAUUCAGUUAAAUAG